AUGGAACCCACGACUGCGAAAAAGCGUGCCAGAGUUGAUGAAGCUGAUGACCAGAACGACUACCCCCCGCGGUACAGGCCGCCCCCCUUCUGUCAGCAUUGUGGAGCGAGAUCGCACCCUGGAACAUGCCGCUUCCCCUGUCCUCGCUGCGACAAAAGGCAUAUUGGGGUAUGCACGGCGUUCUGCAGGAAGUGCGCAGAUAUCGGCCAUUCGUGGCGCCAUUGCCGGCUGUUCGUGCCAGACCAGAUAUGGCGAAAGCACCGUCAUGGCACGCACACGACGAUUGAAAAUGUGAACAUAACUUUGCCCGUGAUAAAACCUGCAUCGGUACUCACACCAACCUCCCUCAACGCAGCUAUUCUGUCUCAGCUGGAUGUAGCCCUCGGGCGACUCCAUCGGAAAGCAGGCCUUCCCAUGCAUGCACGUGUCAUGAUGAACAAUGUCAACAUAACAACAAGUAUCCUCGCUCCUGAACGAGCGUCCCCUCUUGCUCCGGACACCUCACUGCUGGAGAGAGUCAAACCAAUUCCGACUGGACCUGGAUCCAACAUCCCGAAUAAUCGGCCAACUACUAUGAAGCCUACCUUCGCCCAGUCAUCCUUCGCUCGUUCGGCCUUUUCCCAGCCUAUGUUUAGCCAGCCUGUGUUUGGCCAACCUGCAUUCUCCCAGCCGACCUUUAUACAGAACAACUCUGUGGAAAUGACUCCAACCUACAGCCGAUCUUUUGCUGAUUUGAAAUGCUGA